AUGGAAUCGAAUUGCAUAGAGGCAUUCAAGAGCUUUGCUGAAGAGUACCGCACAGCACAAGGCAAGGAUAUUGCAGAGGUGAUUGCAAAGAUGCCGCAUGACGGUGAGCAGCGCGUGCUUUUGAACAUGAACGAGAUCAGGGUCUUUGACAAAUCGCUAGCAAAGGGCAUUAUUGACAAUCCUAUGAGUAUUGUUCCAUUCAUUGAAGAUGAGCUGAGCAUGAUUGGAGGGCGAAAGGUAUUUAUGGGUGUGUAUGGGUCGUUUGGCGAUUAUUCUGUGAAUCCAAGGACGCUUUCAAGUGCGUAUCUUGGAAGGAUGAUCUGCCUGGAAGGGAUAGUAACGUCGUGCUCGAUCUGCAGGCCGAAGGUGAUGAAGAGUGUUCAUUACAGUGCAGCCAGGAACCUGUUUUACUCGAAGGAGUACCGAGAUUCAACCAUGAUUACAAAGCUACCGAUUACCAAUACGGUGUAUCCAACUAGGGAUCCUGAGGGAGGUCUGCUAACGACUGAGUUUGGGCUUUCGGAGUAUUUUGAUUACCAAACUGUUGUAUUGCAGGAGAUGCCUGAGAAAGCGCCGCCCGGACAGCUACCCAGGUCUGUAGAGGUUGUGCUGUCGUUUGACCUUGUUGACAGGGUGAAGCCUGGAGACAGGGUGAAUAUGUAUGGAAUAUACAAGAGCCUUUGCUUUGGAGGACAAGGAUUUCCACUGAAGUUCAAGACAGUGCUGAUUGCAAACAACAUUGAAAGGAUAGGGAGGAAGAAGGAGGAGUGUGUGAAUGAGGCUGAGUUUCUAAGGCUUUCUGCAAUUCCGGACCUGCACAAGCUGGUUGCACCGAGUAUUUUUGGGCAUGAUGCAAUCAAGAGGUCGAUAGGGCUGCUUUUGGUUGGAGGAAAUGAGAUUGUGAUGAAGAACGGAAGUAAGAUCCGAGGAGACAUCAACAUUCUUCUUGUUGGGGAUCCGUCCACUGCAAAGAGUCAAUUGCUAAGGUAUGUUAUGAAUGCAGCACGGCUGUCUGUUGCAACAACAGGGAAAGGAUCGAGCGGAGUGGGGCUGACAGCAGCAGUAGUACAGGAUAAGGAUACGGGCGAUAGAAGAUUGGAAGCGGGGGCAAUGGUGCUGGCAGACAGGGGAGUCGUGUGCAUUGAUGAGUUUGACAAGAUGAAUGACGGAGAUCGGGUAGCAAUACACGAAGUGAUGGAGCAGCAGACGGUGACGAUAGCGAAAGCAGGGAUUCACACGACGCUGAAUGCAAGAUGCUCUGUGCUUGCCGCGGCGAAUCCGAUGUGGGGGCAAUACAGAGAGAACAAGUCGCCACAGGAGAAUGUACGGCUGCCUGAGAGUCUUUUGACGCGAUUUGAUCUGAUAUUUGUGACGCUGGACAAGUCGAACACAGACAUUGAUCAGAUGAUUUCGAGCCAUGUUCUGAGAAUGCAUAUGCUUGAGAAUGGAUAUGAUGAGCCUGCUGGAGUUAGCCAAGAUGUUUUCAGGGCGUAUAUUCAGUGCUGCAAGCAAAAACGACCUGUGCUUUCGAGGGAUGCGGCGGGGCUGAUAACAAAGGAGUACACAUUAUUGAGGCAAAGCAAAGACAGGAAGGAGCAGGUUGUGUCCAUAACACCCCGGCUGCUUGAGACGAUGAUACGCCUUGCGACUGCAAAUGCAAAACUAAGGCUCAGCGAUGUUGUUGAGUAUUCUGAUGCAGAGUGUGUGAUAUCGCUGAUCAAAGACUCGCUGUUCCAGAAGGUGAUCAAGCCAGGAAAGAAAGUGAAGGUUGCAGGCACGGAUGAGAAUGACGAGUUUGCGAUUGAUAGCACAGGAAGUGGAUUGAAGCAAGAUCUGGAGGCAGUGAUGCUUGGCGAUGACAAGGCAGAGUACGUCAGCAAUGCAUUGUAUGAAUACAGCAUUGAUCUGAAUAAUCCAAGAGUUUUUGGAAUUGAUGAGUUUGUAGAACGUCUUGGGGUAGAUGCAGGCGUGACAUUGCAAGAGGUUGAGAAGGUGCUUCAAGAUCUUGCCGCCAAGGAUUUGAUUCUUUUUGAGAAUGGAAGGAUAUACCUAAUCAACUAG